UCACAAUCACUCAUCUCACCCAGAGCUGUUGAUCGAUUUAAUUACAAGCGGGAUUUCUCAUCUCUCAUUUUGCAUUUAGCAUUUUGCAUUUUCAUUUCCAUUUCCACUAGCCAUAGCCAUUCCCAAUUCUAUAUCCCCGGCAUUUGCAGCGAUUUCAUGCCAGUCACCAAUUAAGCAGGUAAGUGGAGAUCGGUGGGCCAUCUCAUCUGGCAGCGGCAGUUCCAGCGGGGUGUCACUCGUUCACACGAUGCCCAGUCGAGGGCAUCUCCGCCGGAUUCCGUCCCAUCCCGUCCAGAGCGGCGGAGUGAAGUGGAGUGCCAUGUGCCAUGUGCUGCCCAUGUAGUUCAUAAUUGCGCGUAAUUGCCGGAGCUGCUUGAGACGCAGCUGGAGAUCGGCGAUGGAUCCGAUCUGCCAAAUCAAUCACGGGACUCGGCUUAGGCAAUAGCUCCUAUAAAACGCCGACGUUGCCGGCGAUUCGCAUCCAAGUCAGAGUUCGCACGUCGCGCAGUUCAAUCGCAAAUCGAAAUGUCGCAUCUGGUUCACCUGACCGUCCUGCUCCUAGUGGGCAUCCUCUGCCUGGGCGCCACCAGCGCCAAGCCGCACGAGGAGAUCAACAGGGACCACGCCGCCGAGCUGGCCAACGAGUGCAAGGCUGAGACGGGAGCCACCGAUGAGGAUGUGGAGCAGCUGAUGAGCCACGACCUGCCCGAGAGACACGAGGCCAAGUGCCUGCGCGCCUGCGUGAUGAAAAAGCUGCAGAUAAUGGAUGAAUCCGGUAAGCUGAACAAGGAACACGCCAUCGAGUUGGUCAAGGUCAUGAGCAAGCACGAUGCAGAGAAGGAAGACGCUCCCGCCGAGGUGGUGGCCAAGUGCGAGGCCAUCGAGACACCCGAGGAUCAUUGCGACGCUGCCUUCGCCUACGAGGAAUGCAUUUACGAGCAAAUGAAGGAGCAUGGACUCGAGCUGGAGGAGCACUGAGAACAGAUUUGAGACCCAUGACGACCCCCCGUUACUGUAUCACAAGCGCCCUUCUGGAAUAUAACCAUCUUUUUUUUUUAUGUGUAUACUAUGAAUUAAGUACUUGAUAAACUGAGAAACUGC